AUGGGGAACCAAACAGAGGUGGAACAAUUCAUCUUGUUGGGUCUGACUAACAACUUGGAGCUUCAGAAUAUACUCUUUGUAAUGUUUCUUCUAUUGUAUUUGGCCAUCUUAAUAGGGAAUGGAGCUAUUGUCAUUGUAAUUUUAGCUGAACCACACCUUCACAGCCCCAUGUACUUUUUCCUAGGAAAUCUUUCCUGCUUUGACAUCUUCCUUUCCACAGUAACUGUACCAAAGACAUUGGCUGGAUUACUAUCAGAAAUGCAAACGAUUUCUUUCAAUGGCUGCAUAGUCCAAUUAUUUUUCUUCCAUUUCUUGGGCAGUAGUGAAGGUAUUCUCCUUGGACUUAUGGCCUAUGACCGCUAUGUUGCCAUAUGCAACCCCUUGCACUAUACUAUCAUCAUGAGAAAAGAGGUCUGUGUCCAGAUGGUAGCAGUAGCCUGGUCCACUGGUUUUUUUCAUGCCUUGAUGCAUGCAGUGGUGACUGCUUGCCUUUCAUUUUGUGGUCCAAAUCACAUCGAGCAUUUUUUCUGUGAUAUCAAGCCAUUGUUGAAACUGGCCUGUGGCAGCACAAAGCUCAACCUCAUGCUUCUCAGUAUUGUGACCAGCUGUGUUGCUAUGGGCCCUUUUAUCAUUAUUGUUCUCUCCUAUCUCUACAUUAUUAUUUUUCUUCUUUUCAAAGCACAGCGCAAAAGAGGUUGGCAGAAAGCCUUCUCCACUUGCGGAUCCCACCUGACUGUGGUGGCCUUACUCUAUGUUCCUGUGUUGUUUAACUACAUGCUUCCCACUGUGGGUACCUCAUUGGAACGGGACAUGAUAAUAACUGUCUUAUAUAGCACAGUUACCCCAGUUUUGAACCCACUUAUUUAUACACUAAGAAAUCAAGAAAUUAAAAUGGCAAUUACAAAGAUUUUGAGGAGAAAAAGUUUCAGGUUUUGGUGA